CCUAUUUGCUCUGGAAGCGUAACCAGAACGUAUCUAGCCAUAUUUCAGGGAAUUGAUACACUUCAACCAAACCACUAGAAUGGCCGAUGAAGAUGUUGCUGCUUUGGUAGUUGACAAUGGAUCCGGUAUGUGCAAGGCCGGUUUUGCUGGAGACGAUGCUCCCCGAGCUGUUUUCCCCUCGAUCGUUGGCCGUCCUCGUCACCAAGGUGUCAUGGUUGGUAUGGGCCAGAAGGACUCGUACGUUGGCGAUGAGGCCCAAAGCAAGCGAGGUAUCUUGACACUGAAAUACCCCAUCGAACACGGGAUCGUAACAAACUGGGAUGACAUGGAAAAGAUCUGGCACCACACCUUCUACAACGAACUCCGAGUUGCUCCCGAGGAACACCCAGUUCUCCUCACAGAAGCUCCUUUGAAUCCCAAAGCUAACAGAGAAAAGAUGACCCAGAUCAUGUUUGAAACUUUCAACACCCCAGCCAUGUACGUAGCUAUCCAGGCUGUGCUGUCCCUGUAUGCCUCUGGUCGUACCACUGGUAUUGUUCUGGACAGUGGUGAUGGUGUGAGCCACACCGUACCCAUCUAUGAGGGUUAUGCUCUGCCUCAUGCCAUCCUGCGGCUCGACUUGGCUGGUAGGGAUCUGACUGAUUACCUUAUGAAGAUCCUGACAGAGAGAGGCUACUCUUUCACCACCACUGCUGAGCGGGAAAUUGUCCGAGACAUCAAGGAAAAGUUGUGCUAUGUUGCCCUGGACUUUGAACAGGAGAUGUCCACAGCAGCAUCAAGCUCCAGCCUUGAGAAAAGCUACGAGCUUCCUGAUGGCCAGGUGAUCACCAUUGGAAAUGAGCGUUUCCGUUGCCCAGAGGCCAUGUUCCAGCCUGCCUUCCUUGGUAUGGAGGCUGCUGGUAUCCACGAGACAACGUACAACUCUAUCAUGAAGUGUGAUGUUGACAUCCGUAAGGAUCUCUAUUCCAACAUUGUCUUGUCCGGCGGUUCAACCAUGUAUCCAGGUAUUGCUGACAGAAUGCAGAAAGAAAUUGCUGCACUCGCCCCACCAACCAUGAAGAUCAAGAUCAUUGCUCCACCAGAGCGUAAGUACUCCGUAUGGAUCGGAGGCUCCAUCUUGGCUUCCCUGUCCACCUUCCAACAGAUGUGGAUCUCUAAACAGGAAUAUGACGAAUCUGGUCCUGGCAUUGUACAUCGCAAGUGCUUCUAAAUGCAGUUGGAACUUGAAAAUUGAACAGUUGUGUUAACUUUGCCUGGUCAGAAGGGCAAUAGCUCUUCGUGAUCUGGAAAAAACUAUGAAAUGACACGGACUUGCAAGAUCAUGUAAAUUUUUGUAUAAGAGUAGUGGAUAUCAUUUGAAAAAUUGAAAUAUGUCAAAGUUUUAUAGAGUUUUGAAGGUGUAAUUAAAACUCUGUUUAUAUUGUA